AGGAGCGCAGGGAUCGGGACUGCUCGCAAGCAUCCGACCUGCUGGAGGCAUCGGUCGCGGGCCAAGGGCUGUGCCCGCGGCCGGGGGACAAAGCGGCGGCGGGUGCGGAGCGGGAGGGGUUUGGCGCUGAGCCCAUCGAGGUGGUGGAACUCCGACGGUGAAAAUGGUCUUUGUCCAACUUUUCUGAUGCCGGUCGGGCACGGCUCUAGCAGGAAGGGGCUGCUGCGAAAACUGCUUGAGUAAUGCUGGGAAGUGAAAGGGGUGUUGCUGGAGUCCUGCAAAAGGUAUUGUGUCGGGCGAGCGGGCCGGCGGGGAAGGAUGUUGUGAGCCUGGCCGGAGGGAUCUGAGGAAGAGGGGCCGGGGCCGAGGAUAUCUUCAGGUCUAUGCUGGCCGUGGCGGCGGGAGACGCAGAACAAACGAGUACUACUUAUGAAAGGGAUAAAAACUCCUCAGUAUUCCUGUGUGAAGGCCUCUGUGCUUUGAUUUGGAAAGAUAUUAAAAUACUCCAAGAAAUCUUUGGCCAUUACAAGGGAGUAGUGUGUGGUUUUUUGGAGAUGGUGGUACCUACAGAGAAUCUUCAUGGAUUCUAAUGCUGGCAUCAGUGCAAGAAAAGUGGCAGGAAUGGGUUGGCUCUGGAUCAUCUGCUUCUUUCAUCUGGCCACCUCGCUAGAAGAAAUACUUCUGGAUACAACUGGAGAGACCUCGGAGAUUGGCUGGACCACUCACCCUUCUGAUGGGUGGGAUGAGGUAAGUGUCCUGGAUGACAAGAAGCGCCUGAUCCGAACCUUUGAAGUCUGUAAAGUGGCUGAACCAGGUCAGAAUAACUGGUUGCGUACUCACUUCAUAGAGCGACACGGAGCCCACCGAGUCCAUGUCCGCCUCUGUUUCUCAGUGAGAGACUGUGCCAGCAUGCGCACUGUGGCUUCUUCUUGCAAGGAGACUUUCACGCUCUACUACCACCAGUCAGAGGCUGACAUAGUUUCUCAGGAACUGCCAGAGUGGCGGGAGGGCCCCUGGACCAAAGUGGAUACAAUUGCAGCUGAUGAAAGCUUUUCCCAGGUGGACAGCACUGGGAAGGUGGUAAAGAUGAAUGUUAAAGUACGUAGCUUUGGGCCACUCACCAAGCAUGGCUUUUACCUGGCCUUCCAGGACUCAGGAGCCUGCAUGUCCCUGGUGGCAGUCCAAGUCUUCUUCUACAAAUGCCCAGCUAUGGUUAAAGGAUUUGCCUCCUUCCCUGAAACUUUUGCUGGAGGGGAGAGAACCUCACUAGUGGAGUCACCAGGGACAUGUGUACCUAAUGCAGAAGAGACAAGCGUAACUGGGUCUUCAGGUGUUCGGUUGCACUGCAAUGGAGAAGGGGAGUGGAUGGUGGCCAUUGGACGAUGCACCUGCAAGGCUGGCUACCAGCCUGUUGAUGGUGAACGAGCCUGCCAAGCCUGUCCCCUUGGUUUCUUCAAAGUAUCUGUGGGAGAUGACCCCUGCCAUCUAUGCCCUGCCAACAGCCAUGCUCCACUGACAGGUUCCAGUGAAUGUGUGUGUCAGAACCACUACUAUCGAUCUGCUUCAGACAAUCCUGAUGCUCCCUGCACUGGCAUCCCCUCUGCUCCCCGUGACCUUAGCUAUGAAAUUGUUGGCUCCAAUGUGCUCCUGACCUGGCGACUCCCCAAGGACCUGGGUGGCCGCAAGGAUGUUUUCUUCAAUGUCAUCUGCAAAGUAUGCCCAGCAGGGUCCUCAGGGCCAUGUGUGCGCUGUGGGGACAGUGUGCAAUUUGAACCACGCCAGGUGGGCCUGACAGAAAGCCGCGUUCAAGUCUCCAAUCUCUUGGCCCAUGUGCAGUACACCUUUGAGAUCCAAGCUGUCAACUUGGUGACUGAAUUGAGUUCAGAAGCACCGCACUAUGCCACCAUCAAUGUUAGCACCAGCCAGACAGUCCCCUCUGCUGUCCCUAUGAUGCAUCAGGUGAGUUGUACUACUAGUAGCAUCACACUAUUAUGGCCUCAGCCAGACCAGCCCAAUGGGAUCAUCCUGGAUUACCAGUUACGCUACUUUGACAAGGCAGAAGAUGAGGAUAAUUCGUUCACCUUGACAAGUGAAACCAACAUGGCCACCAUAUCAAAUCUGAGUCCAGGAAAGAUCUAUGUCUUCCAAAUACGAGCUAGAACAGCAGUGGGCUAUGGCCCAUACAGUGGAAAGAUGUAUUUCCAGACUUUAAUGGGAGGGGAGCACUCGGAGAUGGUGCAGGAUCGACUGCCGCUUAUCGUGGGCUCAGCGCUCAGUGGUCUAGCCUUCUUGGUAAUUGCUGCCAUUGCCAUCCUCGCCAUCAUCUUCAAGAGUAAAAGACGAGAGACUCCAUAUACAGACCAUCUGCAGCAGUAUAUCAGUUCACGAGGACUUGGAGUGAAAUAUUACAUUGAUCCGUCAACCUGUGAAGAUCCCAAUGAAGCUAUUCGAGAAUUUGCCAAGGAGAUUGAUGUGUCCUUCAUCAAAAUUGAGGAGGUCAUUGGAUCAGGAGAGUUUGGAGAGGUGUGCUUUGGGCGCCUAAAACACCCAGGGAGGCGUGAAUACACAGUAGCUAUUAAGACCCUGAAGUCAGGUUAUACAGAUGAACAGCGGCGGGAGUUCCUGAGUGAGGCCAGCAUCAUGGGGCAAUUUGAGCAUCCCAAUGUCAUCCACCUGGAGGGUGUGGUCACCAAGAGCCGACCAGUCAUGAUUGUCACAGAGUUCAUGGAGAAUGGAUCCCUGGAUUCCUUCCUCAGGCAGAAGGAGGGACAGUUCAGUGUGUUACAGCUGGUGGGAAUGCUACGGGGGAUUGCAGCUGGCAUGCGCUACCUUUCGGACAUGAACUAUGUGCAUCGUGACCUGGCAGCACGUAACAUCUUAGUCAACAGUAACCUUGUGUGCAAGGUGUCAGACUUUGGUUUGUCCCGUUUUCUGGAGGACGAUGCUUCAAAUCCCACCUAUACUGGAGCUCCGGGCUGCAAAAUCCCCAUCCGUUGGACUGCCCCUGAAGCUAUCCAGUAUCGCAAGUUCACCUCCUCCAGCGAUGUCUGGAGCUAUGGCAUUGUCAUGUGGGAGGUGAUGUCCUAUGGUGAGAGGCCUUACUGGGACAUGUCCAAUCAGGAUGUAAUUAAUGCCAUUGACCAGGACUAUCGCCUGCCACCACCCCUGGACUGUCCAACUGUUUUGCACUUGCUGAUGCUGGACUGCUGGCAGAAGGAAUGGGUCCAGAGACCCAAAUUUGAGCAAAUAGUCAGUGCUCUGGAUAAAAUGAUCCGCAAGCCAUCUACCCUCAAAGCCACUGGCACUGGGAGCAGCAGACCACCUCAGCCUCUCCUGAGCAACUGUUCUCCAGAUUUCCCUUCACUCAGCAAUGCCCAUGAGUGGUUGGAUGCUAUCAAGAUGAGCCGUUACAAAGAGAAUUUUGACCAGGCUGGUCUGAUUACAUUUGAUGUCAUAUCACGCAUGACUCUCGAAGAUAUUCAACGUAUUGGCAUCACCCUCAUUGGUCACCAGAAAAAGAUUCUAAACAGCAUCCAGCUCAUGCGAGUCCAUUUGAAUCAGCUUGAACCAGUUGAAGUGUGAUGUUUACACCAUCCUUGUUCCAGUAGUCUCAAACUCUGGAAAGGUCCUGGGGGAAUUCAGGGGAAUAUUCACUGUAUGAAAAAGAGAUGUGAAUACACUACCUGAGGAUUUAAUGCACCUAGAGAGUGCACACUACAUGUCCUGUUCCAUGAACAAAACAAAGCCUUGCCAUGAUUUGAAAGCACAGCUGAAUAACUGGUGGCAUUUAAAUGUGGCUGACAUCAUACACUGGAAAUGGGUUGGGGGAGGGAAAUUACUAUAAUAUGGGGAGGAGAUGGAAUAAUAGCUUGAACAAAUCACAAGCACCUGUUGCAUCUUCUCUGACAACAAAAGGUAUCAGAUAUCUUUACAAAGCCAUCAGCAGGCUUUAUCUGUGGCUGGGAGCCCAGCAAAGCUACAAAGACAUAAUGAAGGCAAGAAAAAAUAAACAGUUUUUCCAAAAGAA